GUGUAGAUCACUCAAGACAUCAAUAACAACAAAAUGUCGGCAAAAGUGUUUAAAGUUGUCGACAGUUUACGUGAGCGUUUUCUUCAUUUUGCUGCCAUUUCGGAUCAAUUGCCAGAUACCUAUCGAUCGGGAAUUGUUUUCGGCUUCACUUCAGUUGAUGAGAACAACUGUAGCUAUUGUUUAGGUUGUGUAGACAUCGAUGAAGACAUACCAUCUGGUAAUACAAUUCAAGGCGUCUAUUGUUUGAUAUCUUCGGCAUCUGAACAGCACUUACUUGAUUUGUGCCAAAAGUUUGCUAAAAGUAAGAAAAGUGGAAAAUUAAUUAUUUUAACUAUCGGUACAGUAAUUGAUAAUCAGACGCCAGAAUUGAUUACAAAAUUUUAUGACAUUAAGUCCAAGAAAUUGUGCGAAUGUUCUCUAGAAGUGGUCAACGAUAAUGAAGUCAUUGCUAAGACAAUAAUUGUUCGCUUAAGAGCUGAUAUUUGUUUAUCAUUUGAGGCAACAGUUGAAACAUUUUUAGAUGAAUUAAUGAAAUCAACAGAUAAUGUUAAAGAAGUGAUCAAUUCAUAUGAUAUACAGUUAAAUCAGUCAAGUUUUAAGACCAACAUCAGUGUCACUGAUAAUUCAUACAAUUCUAUAACAUUAAGUGAUCUUUACUCAUAUCUCGAAGAAGAUCCCGAUAUGUUUGAUGGUAUUGAAGUGCCAGCAAAUAUGCGAAAGAAAAUGAUUGAAAAGAUGCGCAAACAGAAAGCUAAUGACAAAAGUCCUCUUGAGUUUGUUGUCACCAAUGGUUCAAAUGUCAGCCAUUUAGCUGAAGACAACAAAAAGUUUACAUUCAAUAUAACUAUUGACUGUUUAUCACUAAUUGAAGACAACAAUACUAUUUCAUAUUUGUUGAGACAAUUUUCAAAUCAAUUGAAACAAAAGUUGAGUUCAUUUGCCAACGCUAUCGCAGAGUUUGAAUUACCAAAUGUCGUAUUAGACUUCGAGCCGUCAAAGUUAUCGACUCCCGUGACAUACAAUUUUUGGCCAAAAAAUGCGACACAUUUUAUAUCGUUAACUUAUCCGAAGAAUGCUACUGACGAUGAACUAACCGAACGGCGAAAACAUUUUCAUUACCGAUAUUUGAUUCCUUUAGAUCGACCGGUGUUUCGAAAAUCAAAUCGUUAUUUGUUGGCCAACGAACGUCCGAAAUCCGAUUACUUAUUAUCAGUUCACAAUGGUUUAAAAGAAUCGGGUAUUAAAAAUGGACAAAUCUAUUGUGUUAGCGGUGACUACACCUAUCAUCACUAUAUGCAGGACAGAAUUGAUGACAAUGGCUGGGGAUGUGCUUAUAGGUCAUUGCAAACUAUAAUUUCUUGGUUUAGACAUCAAUCAUACAUUGAUAAACCUGUUCCCACUCAUAAAGACAUUCAACAAGCACUGGUAGAUGUUGGCGAUAAAGAGCCAUCAUUUAUAGGUUCGCGACAAUGGAUUGGUUCACAAGAAGUUAGUUAUGUUUUAAGCCAUUUGUAUGGAAUUACUUCCAAAAUAAUGUUUGUUAACUCUGGCGCUGAAUUGAGUAAUAAAGGUCGAGAAUUAGCCCAUCAUUUUACUAGUAAUGGAACACCUAUUAUGAUAGGUGGGGGUGUAUUAGCCCAUACAAUCCUUGGUGUAGACUUCAGUGAAACCACUGGUGAUAUCAAGUUUCUUAUACUUGAUCCUCAUUAUACUGGUUCUGAAGAUUUGAUAACAAUUCAAAAGAAAGGGUGGUGUGGUUGGAAAGGAACUACAUUUUGGGACAAAAACUCUUUUUAUAAUUUAUGUCUUCCUCAACGACCUGAUAUAUAUUAA